CCAAAGGCCACCUCGGCAGGUGCCUGUUUUUCCAGACCCAGGUCAGGCACAAGCUCCUCAGGCACAAAGGGCUGGGCAGUUGGGUCAAAGGGUUUAGCAUUUGGGUCGAAAGGUUUUGCUGUAGGGUCGAAGACCGGAGCAUUGGGGUCCAGAAAGGGUAUCAAAGGGUCAAAGGAUGCUACAUUGGGGUCAAAUGGCUUUGCAUUGGGGUCAAAGGAUGGCACAUCAGGGUUAAAGAUGGGUGCUGUGGGCUGGAAGGGGGGUGAGUUUGGGUCCAGCGUUGGUUUGAGUGGAUCGAACGGUUUGGCAGUUGGAUCCAGAAGUGCGAAAGGUUUAGCGUUGGGGUCCAGGCUGGAGGGCUGGUCCGAGGCUCCAGGAGAGGGUGUCUGCUCUGCUCCGGCCGGGCGGGGGGACGUGUGGAAGGGACACUCCUCACAGUCAGGUAUCAAACAUACAGGUGUUCCCGUCACCAGCUCCGAGCUCGGGACCUCCCCCGGCCUGUCCCCAAACUGUAGGUCAUCCGGUCUUUUGGGUAUGUCUAUCCCUUCCACUGUUGGUGCCUGUCCGAAAUCCAGAGCAGUCCCACCGUUGAUUUCCCCAGGCACCGGCAUGUCCCCCAUCAUGGGCACCACUUGGUCUGGAUCCACAGGCUGGCCAAACCCUGCCUGGAAUUGUGCCUGUCCAAAGUCCAUUCCUUCAAAUUCCAUCGGCUUCUGAACCUCCUCAACUCCCUUUCCUUCUUCCUCUGCCAUCGUUGAGCUCUCUGCUGGUGUUUUACUCUUCUCCAAUCAGUUU